AUGUGGCAUAGGAUUUAUGGAGAGAAACGGGUUAACUUUGGAGCAUUUAAGGCUACAAUUAUCUCCCUCUGGGGAAUGAGAGCGCCAAUCUCAGUGCGGAACCUGGGUAACAACAUGUUCCAGUUCAUCUUCCAUAAUAUUGAGGAGAAAGAGUGGAUCUUACAGGGAAAGUCAUGGAACUUUGACGGCCAGUACUUGAUCUUGAAAGAGUGGGAUCCCGGAACCUUAGCUGUCACUGUGCCUGUUCUUCCAGCUAAUAUUGGAAUUUCAGCUCAGGUUAAUGAGAGUAGUCCUAAUGUUGUAGUGUCUGUGGAGCACUCUGGGUCUCUUCCUACUAAAGACCCUUUACCCCUGUCUUGUGCUGAUCUUGUUGAGAGAAAACCUAGAGUGUCUCUGCCUUCUCAAGGGGAGAAGAUGCAGAUUCAUAACAAAGGAUUGUCAUCAGUGAUCAGAGUGAUGACAAAGGAAGAAGUCUACACUCAUGCUUCACCACAAAAUCACAUAGCGAAAACAACUCAUAACCUGGAUGAUUAA